UUGGCUUACCAAAUUGAAAAAUACUUUCUCCAUGGUACUAACCUUAAUUUUUGUUUACAAUAAUUUAAAAACGUGUUUAAGUUAAAAAUAUCCUUUUCAAACGUAACAGGGGAAUCCAUGGAAACAUCAAGUUACCGCAAUGACUACGUUUAAAUUUUCAUGGGAUAAACAAGAUAAACCAGCGACCCACAAAGUGUUUGCAAGAAAAAGAAAAACGCAAGAUGGACAGAGGAGUUUAAAAAAUAAGCAAAAUUUUAAGGCUUCUGAUAAAGUGUUGUCAAAUGUUCCACAAUCUCUCAAUCGGCCAAUAAGUUCAAACAUGGAAAAAAGGAAAUCAGUGAAAAUUGGUACAAAAAGAACUGAGAUUGUUUUUGAUAGACCAAAUUAUGAGCAAAAGCUUAUUAAAAGAAAAGGAAAAAAAGAUAAAAUCCUUAAAAGCACUGAGGAAGGUAAUGAGUUGGAAGAGACAACCAACCAAAACAAACUUCACUCACUAUUUUCGGAAAAGCACAAAAGCAUUCAUGUCAAUACAAAUGUAACAGGAAGAGCACUAAUUGAAAAUGUAUUCAGUGUUGGAAUGACAUUUAGUAAGUUGGACAUUCAUAGACAUCUAGCUUCAAACUUAGAGAAACACAGUUUUAAGAUUUUAACGAGCAUUCAAGAGAAAGCGAUACCAGUGGUACUAAGAGGCAAAAAUGCAUUGAUCAAAUCACAAACAGGUUCAGGAAAGACCCUCGUCUAUGCUAUACCAGUGUUGGAUUACCUGAUAAAACUUACCCCCAAAAUAAAACGUAGUGAUGGAUUACAAUCUAUUAUUGUUGUUCCAAGUAGGGAACUUGCUCUCCAAAUACAUGAAGUAUUUAAUAAAUUAAAUACAUUCCAGUGGAUAGUCGUAGGCCACCUUUGUGGUGGUGAAAAUCGUAAAACUGAAAAAGACAGAUUACGCAAAGGUGUUCAUAUUUUGAUUGGUACCCCAGGUAGAUUACUGGAUCAUGUACUUCAUACUGCGGCCUUUGAUGCAAAAAAUGUGCAAUGCUUAGUUCUGGAUGAAGCUGACAGAUUACUAGAUAUGGGAUUUAAACAAGAUAUAUCAAGAUUGGUAGAAGAAAUCAAAAAUCACAAAAUAAGCAAGUCAUAUAAUCCACUGGCUCUUUUAAAAGGACAAAAUCGUAAUAUUGAAACACCAGUGACUGAAACUGAUACCACGACUAAUAAUAUUCAGACGAUCUUGUUGUCUGCUACUUUAUCAAAAGGGAUACUGGAGUUGACCAAUUUUCUUAUGAAAGAGCACGAAUAUAUUGAAACACUGGAACAAUCAGCGGUGGGUCGCGAAAAUUUAGUAAUACCAGAAACAGUUAGGCAAGAAUUUUUAAUUACUUUUGUGAAGCAUCGUUUAGUAAUGUUAGGAGCUCUAAUCGUAUCCAAAACUAAGAAUGUGGGGAAAACUUUUGUGUUUAUGGCAACAACUCAAAUGGUCGACUUUCAUUAUGAGCUAUUUACAAAAUGCUUAAUCAAUAUGCCAAAACGUGGAGGAAAGCUCAAGUUUGGAGAAGUAGUGCUAUUAGAUGAUUUUGAAUGGGAAGAGGACGACGAAAAUGAAGGUUUGGAGCUUCAAUUAUUUAAACUUCACGGUAAUAUGGAUCAGAAUCAGAGAAAAGAAGUGUUUAACGGAUUUAGGAAAGCAGAGAAAGGCGUUUUAAUCUGUACGGACGUAGCAGCUCGUGGACUUGAUGUGCCAGAAGCAGAUUGUAUAAUACAAUACACAGCCCCCGUUUCUAACGACGAUUAUAUCCAUAGAGUGGGUAGAACCGGAAGGGUGGGCAAAUCAGGAUCGGCUUUAAUCUUUUUAACUCACGAAGAACAAGAAUAUAUUAAUCGUCUUCGUGAGCACAGAGUAUUUUUGCAGGAGGCAAAAAAAGAUUUUCUUAAAGAUCUCAGUGGCUUAAUGAUGGAACCCGAAGAGGACAAGGCAAUUUUAGCUUUGCAAAAGCGAUUCGAAUUGGCAUUGUCGUCCGAUAAACAGCUGCAUCGAAAAGGAUGUCUUGCCUACUCAUCUUGGUCUAGAUUCUACAGUACAUAUCCAGCAAACAUGAAGACUGUGUUCAACUUCAAGAAUUUGAAUUUGGGGCAUUAUUGCACUAGUUUCGCGUUGCAGGAGACGCCGACGAUGAUCGCCAAACGUGUAAAGAAAGCAAUUACUGCCGUAGAGCCCAAGAGGCUUAAUAAAAAAUUGGCUAACCAUGGCGACAGUGAAGAGAGUAGUAAAGCAUCAAAGAAGCGACCAGUAAAAUCCCUAAGUCUAACGACAUCCGAGUUCUCCAGCGGUCUGGAACCAGUUAAAAAGAAGCGAAAAAAAUCUUAAUUCGUUAACAAAUCGUUACAGUUAUGUGUGUUUAAAUCCCAUGUACCAUUUAUUUUAAUACAAAGAUUAAUGAUAUUA